AUGGUAUGCAAGUUCGCCAAAGUUUGUAAAUUGAAAUCUAUUGGGGUGUUCUCCUCUGAAAUCCCCAAUCUCCAUCAUUUGCACAAACCCAUUUGCAAUGAGGCCCCUCUGAGUGAAAACAGCAGUGAGGAGUUCACAUGCAAUGACCAGAAAGUCCAUCCCCAACCCAUUGAUGUUCCAAGCAAAGAUGAUUUCUGUGCUGAUUUGGAGAUCAUGAAGAAGAUAUUUGAUGCUGUUUCAGCCCUGAAAUUAGCAUACCUUCAGCUUCAGCAAGCUCAUAUCCCCUAUGACCCACAGAAGAUUGUUGCAGCUGAUGACUGGUUUGUUGCUGAGCUUGAGAAGCUUUGCAACUUCAAGCGUGAAUAUAAGGAGAAACAAUGCAGGAAAGCUCAUUUCAAUGCUGCACGUUCUGAUCUCUUGGUGGAUGAAAUUGUAGCAAAAGAGGCAUUGUUGGGGAAGCUUAAGUCUCAAAAUAGUGCUAAAGAUUCCGAGAUUCUCCGGUUGCGGCAAGAGCUCCAGGAUUUGGAGAUGGGGAAUAAAAAUCUGACAGAGAAGAUCAAGCAGAUAAGUUUGGAAAAGAGGAAAGCAAGUAUUUUGAGUGUUACUAAGUUCCAGGAUGUCUUCAAGGAUGCUUCAAAGUCCAUCCAUGAUUUUGCAAAACCAUUAAUUAGCUUGAUGAAAGCUUCAGGUUGGGACCUUGAUAGGGUUGCAAACUCCAUUGAGAAUGCUGCUGUUUAUUCCAAAAGGCGUGAUAAGAAGUAUGCUUUUGAGGCCUACAUUGCACGCCGAAUGUUUCAUGAGGUUGCAUUAACUUCUUAUGAUGUGAGUGAUAUUAUGAAGUUUGAUGACCCAAUUGAUGCACUGAUGGAGAAUCCAGAUUCAGAUUUUGCCAAAUUUUGUCAAGCAAAAUAUCUUCUUCUUGUUCAUCCAAAAAUGGAAGAGUCAUUCUUUGGCAAUUUGGAUCACCGAAGAUUCAUAAUGAGUGGCAAGCAUCCAAGAACACAAUUCUAUCAAUUAUUUGCAAAAAUGGCAAAAUGGGUUUGGGUUUUACUAGGAUCUGCUGUUUCAGUAGAUACUGAUGCAACCCUGUUUUCUGUGAACAGAGGAAGCAUGUUCUCCAGCUUGUACAUGGAAUCUGUUGAGGAAGAAAAGGAGAGUGCAAUUCUUUCAGACGAAGAACGAGCCACCUACAAAGUUCAGUUUAUGAUCACGCCUGGGUUUAGAAAUGGACAAAUGUUGUUGAAGUCUCGAGUUUAUAUCUCACAACAUCCUUCAAGCUAA